GAUCUCCUUUACGCCUACGAGAUCUGCUUCUUUAUUGGCAAGAAGCUCAAGUUUUUCAGGCCCGCCGCGGCGAAGGUUGGGGGAACCGUAGAGACCGCCAAGGUGAGCGAACCCGUAGAGAUCACCAAGACGAGCGAACUCGUAGACGCCGCCAAGACGAGCGAACCCGUAGAGAUCACCAAGACGAGCGAACUCGUAGACGCCGCCAAGACGAGCGAACCCGCAGAGAACGCUCACGCAACCCCCCCCCGAGACGUCGCCUACCUCGGCUCGCUGAACCACGUCAGCGACUACGUCGAACUGGUAGACAAUCAGAAAAACGCAGACGAGGAGCUGACCUCCCUCAGCAAGAGCAUCCUGGCCUCCUACAAGCUCUACUACGCCAUGAGGCCCAAAGUGUCAAAGUACGCUAGCACAAAGUGCGUCAAUAAAGUUAACAAAAUAGGCGGAGUUUACAAGCUCUGCCUGUUUUAUCACCCUGAUGAAAUUUACGAGAAUGUCCCAUCCGAUGGGGCAAGAGAGGAGGAGAUUCCCCCGCGUGGAGAGGAGCCGAGUGGAAAGCAGCCAAAUGGAAAGGAGCCAAAUGGAAAGGAGCCGAGUGGAAAUCAGCCGAGUGAACAGCAGCCGAGUGAACAGCAGCCAAGUGAAAAUCAGCCGAGUGAAAGGCAGCCGAACGAGGGAGCAGACAGGAAAGAAGCCACCAACGCGGGGGACCCCCCUGGAGUGGCCCUCGCCCAGCCGAAGAAUUACACCCACAACGAAGUCAUGACGAUCAUCCACAAUUUCCAAAGCAAUGACAGCGGAAAGGUGAAAGGAAUAUCAGACGGCAUCAAGGAAAAGUUAAACAAACUGAAGGAGAGGAUGCAUACGACUAAGCGCAGCCGAAGUGGAGAGGCCACGGAUGACGUAGACGAACUUAUGGGUGCCCUUGCCAUGGGUCUCUCCGAUCACGACCAUGAUAGCGAUUACGAGUUGGAGCACUUGUGGAAGGACAGCGAAAAUGGUAGUGCAGGCCAUUCGGGGGAAGGCCAAACGGAGCCAGGUAACAAGCCGAAGAAAAUGAGCAAAAGGGCGUUAAAAAAGAAGAAGAAGGAGGAGCAGCAGAGGCAGAAGCAGGAGGAGCAGCAAAACGGAAAAGAACCCACCAGCGGGGAACCAACGCAGGAACCCCCACUCAAAGAAGCACCCCCAAACGGAAGGACCAAAAGAAGCAAAAUCAACAUCCCCUUUGAUGAUAUAUUAAAAAAAAUAAAUAAAAAAAAAAUCAAACAAGAAACAGCAGCAGCCUUUGCAAUUAAAACUCCGGGAUUCGAUCUACCCCCAGAUGAGGAAGAAGAAUUAAAUAAACAAAGAUUCAUAAAAAAAAAAGUUUGGGACAUGAGGAAAAGAAAAUUUGUCCUACAAGAAAUAGAUACCUUUCAGAGUGACGGUUUCAAAAAGAAGGACAGACGGAAGGAUGUAGGAGGGGCACCUGGUAAAGGGAAUCACGGAGAAGGUGGUGCAGAUGAACCCACCAGUAACCUCUACCAUAAGUGGGUCAAACGCACAAAGAAUCGAAUCAAAAAUGUAGGAGAGCUGGAAGAUGAAAAAAACCAAAAGGGAAGAAAAACAUCUGUGAGGACAAAACAGACGCACCACCACUCAGGGGACGGUACCACAAGUAACCAGCUGGACGAUGAAAAACAGACUCACUUGCAAAUGCUGAAGCAGAACCAUCCGGAGAUUACCGAUUCGUUGUCUAAGAACAUAAAGCUGACUAAGAAGCAGCAGAGGCUGUACAAGAAGUACCUAUCGGGCAGGUAUAUGGAUCCAGAACCAAACUCCUCUCUACACAAAAGCUUAUCACAGAUGCAGAAGGAGAAAGCCAAAAUGCUACAGAAAAAACUCAGAACAGAUAAAGACUUCAGGGUGAGGUAUGCGCGCAUGAAGAAGAAGCGCCACGAGCAGAAGCUGCGGGAAAAGGAGAACCUCAAGAGUGCCCGCGCGCGCUCCCUCGCCAUUGUUAAGAGGAAGAAAAUAGGCAAGCGGGGGGGCAAGUGA